ACUGAAAAUGAGCCGAAGCUCAGUCACUGGCAAGGAGUUCGUGAUCCGUUAUGUAUUUAACGAUGUAUCAAAUAUGAAUGAAAAUGAUAUGAGAAUCAGCACAGUGGAGGAAUAUUUCAAUGUUCCGUGGAUCUUCCAAAUUCAGCGAAACAACGGAAAUCUCGGCAUUUAUCUCCGAUGUAGGAAACUUAAAGGCCAGGAAAUGUGGUCAAUGUUCACGGAGCUUGAGCUGAAGCUUAUUUCAGUCUACUCUGACACCAGGGAUCAAAAAUGCAAGACAGACAUGUGUUUUGGACACGAUUCUGGAAAAUUCUACUCCUCGUACGGCUGGAGCGAGUUUAUUAGCUGGAAUGAGCUGGAAACAAGCUUUAUGGAUGCUGGAAGUAUCACUGUAGAAGCCCGUGUAAUUAUUAAUAAAUCAAUUGGAUUUUAUACGCCGAAAUUAAUGAAUUUCGAUGAGAAAAAGAAAGAAUACUCGGAUAUUGUGGUUUUGGUGGAUGGACAGCGAUUUUAUUUGCUGAAAAAAUUCCUCGCCUUUCAUUCAACUUUCUUCGAAUCCCUGUUCCUCGGCGGUUUCUACGAGGCGAAACUUACCGAAGUGCCUCUCUACGACAUUGAUGUAGACGAUUUUCAGAAAUUUCUCGAAGUUUUGUACGGAUUUCCGGUUAUUAAUGAUAAUACUGUUGAAGGAAUCCUUUUGCUGGCUGAUAUGUACCAAACGCCGCUUGUCUCCGAGCUUUGCGAGGAUUUUCUCAUUCAAACCACCGGAAAAACCUACAAGAAGAAGCUACAAAUGGCGAUAAAGUUUAAUUUGGAGAAUUUGAAACAAUUCUGCAUUUCAAUGAUCAAAUCUCCCUUCGAUCUUCGUUCUAUGAUCCCAUCGGACAUUUCCAGCAUCGAUCACUCUACGUUGGCGGCUCUUUUCACAAAAUCACUCACUUUAAUGAAAUAAUAUGUAUUUUAUCAAACAAAAUCCAUUUUACUCGCUUCAGAUGUGCCAUUUAAUAAAUUCUAGUGCUUCUU